GUAUAACUGCGAACUUCCAGACUUCAGAGCUACCUUUCCAUAUUUUAAGGAGGAUGAUGGCCAAUUUACUCUAGUAAGUGGCAAUACCUUUUCCUGUAACAUGGAACUUGUUCCAAUAGUGGCUCCUCCUAGAGGAGUUGAGUUACCAUUCUAUAUCUUGUUUAAGGUAAACUACUUGGUUCAGUUUGGAUGUCUUCCUGGUCCAAACCUUGACCACAGUUUCUAUCAGAUGAUUGAUCCAAGAAAAAUUGAUAAGGCGUGUGUAGAAUAUGCACUUGAGAAAUUGUAUUAUCUGAAGGAGUGCUGCUAUGAUCCAUUUGGAUGGCUGAAACAACAGUACACAAAAUACCUCACAUCUAAGAGAAUUCCUGAGAAGCCAACCAUUUCAUUGGAUGUGGGAUUGGUUUAUGUGCGCAGAGUUCAAGUAACUCCAUGUAGAGUAUACUUUUGUGGCCCAGAAGUGAAUGUGUCCAAUCGAGUACUGAGAAAUUAUCCUUAUGACGUUGAUAACUUUCUUCGCAUAUCCUUCGUCGACGAGGAUCUGGAGAAAUUAUACUCUACAGAUUUAUCUCCACGUUUCUCCUCUGAACCUGGUGCCGGCAUGCGGACUAACAUUGAUAGAAGGAUCCGUUCCACUCUCAAGAAUGGGAUACAUAUUGGUGAUAAGAAAUUUGAAUUUUUGGCCUUUUCAUCAAGCCAGUUGAGGGAAAAUUCUGCCUGGAUGUUUGCUUCAAGGCCUGGACUGUCAGCCGCUGACAUCAGAAAUUGGAUGGGUGACUUUAGAGAAAUAAGAAAUGUAGCUAAAUAUGCUGCCAGACUUGGUCAAUCUUUCAGCUCAUCCACUGAAACUCUAACUGUGGCUAGGGAGGAAAUUGAGAUGAUACCUGAUGUGAAAGUAACUGUUGGGAGAAAUACACACAUUUUCUCAGAUGGAAUUGGAAAGAUAUCAGCUGAUUUUGCUUGUAAAGUGGCAAAGAAAUGUGGUUACAACUCCACGCCAUCUGCCUUCCAGAUUAGAUAUGGUGGGUUCAAGGGUGUUGUUGCUGUUGAUCCCAUGUCAUGUAAGAAGUUGUCGUUGCGAAACAGCAUGUGCAAGUAUCAAUCAGAUAAUGCUAAACUUGAUGUGCUUGCCUACAGUAAAUAUCAACCUUGUUAUCUGAAUCGUCAAUUGAUUACUCUCCUGUCCACUCUUGGUGUGCAAGACCGUGUAUUCGAGAAGAAGCAAAAAGAAGCUUUGAAUCAAUUGGAUGCUAUCCUAAGAGAUCCAUUAAAGGCACAAGAAGCAUUGGAGCUUAUGUGUCCAGGGGAGGUUACAAGUAUUCUUAAAGAAAUGCUCAAAUGUGGCUACAAGCCUGAUGCUGAACCAUUUCUUUCAAUGAUGUUGCAAACUUUUCGGGCAGCAAAAUUGCAGGAAUUGCUCACUAAGUCAAGGAUAUUUGUCCCACGUGGUAGAGCAAUGAUGGGAUGUCUAGAUGAAACUAAGACUUUGGAGUAUGGUCAGGUUUUUGUGCAAGUUUCUGGUGCAAGAUUUAGGAAUGUUGGCAAUGAACUCCUCACAUGCACUGGUUACGACUUUGAACCAAAUAACUAUGCUGUGAAAGGGAAAGUAGUUGUUGCUAAGAACCCCUGUUUGCAUCCCGGUGACGUCCGCGUCUUGAUGGCAGUAGAUGUGCCUGCUUUGCAUCACAUGGUUGACUGUGUUGUGUUUCCCCAGAAGGGAAAGAGGCCUCAUCCAAAUGAAUGUUCUGGAAGUGAUUUAGACGGUGAUAUAUACUUUGUCUGCUGGGACCAUGAAUUAGUACCACCUCGCCAAGAGGAACCAAUGGAUUACGUCGCACCUGAGAGUACGGUAUUGGAUCAUGAGGUUACCAUGGAGGAAAUUUUGGAUUAUUUUGCCAACUAUAUAAUCAAUGACAGCUUAGGUAUCAUUGCCAAUGCACACACGGCCUUUGCAGAUAGGGAGCCUUUGAAAGCAAUGAGUGACCCAUGCAUACAGCUCGCUCAGCUUUUCUCGAUUGCUGUUGACUUCCCGAAAACUGGCGUCCCAGCAGUUACACCACCUGCCCUCUAUGUAAAAGAAUACCCUGACUUCAUGGAUAAGCACAAACCAACCUAUGAAUCACAAAAUGUCAUAGGGAAGCUGUUCAGGGAAGUGAAGGAAAGAUCCCCAAGUUCAACCUCCAUUCGAUCAUUUACCCGAGAAAUUGCUAGGUGUUCUUAUGAUCCGGACAUGGAAUAUGAUGGCUUUGAAGAUCAUCUGGAUGAUGCUGAAUAUUACAAAAGCCAAUAUGAUUAUAAGCUCGGUAAUCUCAUGGAUUACUAUGGUAUCACCUCUGAAGCAGAAAUUUUGAGUGGUAAUAUAAUGAGAAUGUCAAAGUCCUUCGAUAAAAGAAAGGAUGCAGAAGCUAUUACUAUGGCUGUCAAGUCCUUAAGGAAGGAAGCUAGGACAUGGUUUAAUAAGAAAGGAAAUGAUCCCGACUCAGGAGAUGAUGACGUGUAUGCAAAAGCAUCUGCUUGGUAUUAUGUUACUUAUCACCCGGACUAUUUUGGGAUGUAUAAUGAGGGGAUGAAUCGGGAUCAUCUCCUUAGUUUUCCUUGGUGUGUAUAUGACAGAUUGAUCACCAUCAAGAAGAACAAUAGAAGGUCUGCAGAUGUUUCAGUGCUGGGAUAUCAACUGAGACAUGGACUCCGUUUCGCAGUAUAAAGAUUGUUUUGGCAAAGUGUUUACUGCUGAACCUUAUUCAUCAUCCUUGUAUAAAUUGAUGACUCGUUAUGUUUUAUUACGUAUUGUUAAAUAUCUGGCUUCCUUGCUAGUUCAUAAGAUUAUGUAAAAAUAGAACUGCAUUGGAUGUUUUAUCAGUGAAUUAUGGUCCGAGUUUGUAAAAAUUUCAAGGACUCUUUGUUAGAUGUCAAGCUCAUUGCCCUUUUUUUGGUAUGAAAUUUGGGUGAAAUGAAACAAUCAUCUCAAGUUAAGUUUCCACCGUCUAAUAUUGGAUUUUUUUCUCUUUUAAUUGUGACA